AUGUCAUCCGACGAUAACUCGUUUGUUAAAAGUAAGAAAGCUAAAGGUAAAAAAAGAUUGUAUACAGUUACAGAUGAACCAAAAAUUAAUGAUGUUUUUGAGAAAGUAAAUAAGAGGAUUAAAACACAAGAGAUUGAAAAUAAUAAAAUUUUUUUAAAACUUUCUGAUAAUGAGAAAGAAGUGUUAAGGAAAGAAUGG